AUGACGUGUGUAUAUUCUCUCUUUUUCUUUUUCAUAUGCAUCCUUCUAAAUAAGCAUUGGAUCCUAUUAAAUAGAGCUGAAAAUAUAUUUUCAAACACCGAAUUAAAUAUAAGCAGAAUAUCUUCGUCUAAUAAUUUUUUAGAAUUAUCUUUGAACGCAUUAAAACCUAAUAAUAAUAUUUAUGAUGAUAUAAAAAAAAAAAUAUCUAAUAUAGACGUGAAUAAUAUACAUGAUGAAGUAGUGAAAAUAUUGAAAUUUGAAAAGCUAAAAAGUAUAAUAGAUAUUAAAACAUCUAUUUUGAAUUGCUUAAGCGAAUCGAUAUUACACAUGCUUCGAUCCCUACCAGCAAUUGUUGAAGAAGUUACGACGUAUAACGAAUUUUGUUCGUCUCUUGAAAAAAUGUUUUCAUUUUUAAAUGAUAUAGAUGAUGAAUAUAAAAUAAAAAUACAAAAAUGUAGAGGAGUUACUACUGAUAAAAUUAUAGAAAAUUAUUUUUUUUUUCAUUUAAAUGAUAUAACAACAAUUGUAAAUAUUUACAAAAAUAAACCUAAUAUAAUGUUUUUAAGAUUUAAUGAAAUAACACAUUGUUUAGAAGAAUUUUAUCAGAAAAUUACUAAUCCUUUUGAUGAACAUGUUAAACAUACUGAAUUAUUUAAAAACUUUAUGAAGACAUAUAAGAAACCACAUAAGUCUAAUUAUAUAGAUUAUUUAAAGGCAUUUCUUGAUAACUUUAAUCAAAAUAUAGAAAAAGACAAAAUUCUUUUUUUUUUCGAUGAAUUAUAUUAUUAUUACUCAGUAAAUCAUACAUACAUUGCAUGUUUUUAUCUUUUCUAA